AUGGUAAUGGCAGGCACUCAUAAAUUUGUGACAGAGGGGGAACAUCUGGAACUGAUAGCAGUCACCAAAGAGCAGUCAGGAUCGUAUGAAUGCAUCGCGUCUAAUGACAUCUCGAGCCCCGAUGUCAGAACGGUGCAAGUCACCAUCAACUAUCCUCCCUUCAUUUCUAAAGCGAGGAGUACGGGUACUGCAGUUGGACAAAGAGGAGUCCUGCAAUGCGAAGCCUCUGCUGUCCCCAGGGCAGAUUUUGAGUGGUACAAAGAAGACCGCAGGCUCUUUAAUGGACUAAAUGGAGUUAAGAUCGAGAAUCAAGGUAAACAAUCCAUGCUUGUCUUCUUCAACGUCUCGGAAGAAGACUAUGGAAACUAUACUUGUGUUGCCAUGAACACCAUGGGAAUCACUAAUGCCAGCAUAAUCCUUUAUGGUCCCGGUGCGAUGCACGAUGUGAACGGGGCCGCCGAGUUGCCCCGUUGCUCCGUAUGCCUCCUGCUGACUGUACCCUUGCUCUGCCUGCUCAAGUUCUGAUGUGAAAUGUGAAAACCUUUAAGCUUCUCUCAGCAUUGAACAGCAAGAACAGACUAUUAGUCCUAUAAGAAGAAUGGAAACCCAAGAGCGCCAGUGGUUCCACCCUUAGUCCUCUUUUUGUUUCUAUGGCUUUGCAUCGGAGUCUGUUCUCUGUUGGUCCACCAAGAGUGAGAGCCGUCAAUCCGAGGAAGGGAAAAAUGUUAAAAUCAUGCACUAAAUUUGAUGAUGGUAGAACUACUGAGUUUGUGUCUCCCCAACCUUUUUGUAUGUGAAAAGGGAAAAAGAAAAAAAAUACAUGUAACUGUUGAUAGUUGACUGUUUAUUGCCCAAUAUUGAAGUGUACAUUCAGAUUAUUAUUGUGUCACGUCCUGUUCAAUAUCUGUACAAUACCAUUAAGCUUUUUCUAAGUAAAUGACAAAAAAGGAAAAAAUGCAAUGUGAUUGUUGAAUUUUACUGUAUUUUUACAGUUGUAUGCAAAACAGAGUAACAGAUCCUUCAUGAUAAACAGUUCAGAAUAAUCAAUAGUACACCAUGAUUUCUCAGGCAAUGUCCUACAGCAUAGUGCAUCCAAAUUUUUGUUUUCACCGUAGUGUGUGUAGAAAAUGUACAAAUGUGUACAUAUAACUCCUGCACCGUUUUAUUUUUCAAAAUGCAUACACUUAUCAAAUGGCAUUUUUGAAACACCUAAACACAGCAUCAUAGCAGCUGCAUGCCAUCUUUAUACCGAAAAUCUGAGACAGUCAGACAUUUAUGUGGAGUGUCAGUAAGGACAGGAGUGUUGGUCAGCUUUGUUCUCUACACUGACUGAUGGAAUUAAAUGUUCAAAGUUAAAAUUCAUUCAGCAGUGCUACCUACAUGUGGUGCUGGAUGGCAUCUCAAAAGCUUCAGGUUAGUGGAUAAUCAAAUUAACAGCACUGCAUUAAAGUGACUUAUCAGUAAGUGCUGCUCUUAAUUAAGGAAACUAAAUUUAAUAAGAAAAACAUUUUUUUCACAAACUCCUAAGUAUCUUUUAAUGCUGCACUUAGUAUGAUUUACUCUGAUGGUAAGUUUGAUUUGAUUUAUUGGACAUAUCAAAAAAUAAAAAUAAAAUCGGUCAUACACUGCUGCAAAUACCUGAUAACUGAAAAUGUUUGAGGAUUGAUUCUAUUGUGGUCCUCUUUCCAGGAAGACACAAGAAUUGGCGAUUCAAGUCAGAUGACUAAAGUACCCUGUACCAACAUAUAGUCCACAUUACAAAACAACCAAUACAUCCUUACAUAUAAAACCUACAAGCAAGGUUUAACUCAUCACCAGUAAAUG